CGCUGGCCAGCCUACUCCCUCCCCCCCACCUUUGGUCGUCUGCUGCUGUGCUACUGCUGCUGCCUGCGUCCGAUCCCCCGUGAGAUCGAACGAGGAAGAGAAAUCGAAUCAGGAAUCGUGAUCGCUCCGUUGCGAUCGAGAAAAAGGAAGGGGGCAGGUCGCUGAUGAGAGGAUCGAAGGGGCGCAUAGCAUGAAGAACAUCCUCAAGAAGCUUCACAUCGUGGCGAGCCACACGGAAGACGCGGAUGCCUCCGCCUCCCCCUCCUCCUCCCCGGUCAAAGGUGCCGUCAAGGUCCCCCACGCCCACCCCGAUCAGAAGCCCCUCUCCAGCCUCACCAGCUGGUUGAAUUCCGUCUCCAGCAAGCACUCUUUCACCCCUCCCUCCUCGUCCUCCUCUUCAGCCUCCUCUUCGUCGUCCUUAGUUGCCGCACAGAGAGUGGAGCCGAGGGAAGGCCCGAGUACGGUCUCCUCGUCCGCUUCGGAAGCUGUGGUUGACUCGGCGAUGAGGGGUUCCACGUUGAGCAAGCCGACAGUCCCGGAGAUGGACGAGGAGUACCAAAUCCAGCUCGCUCUGGAGUUGAGUGCCAGAGAGGAUCCGGAGGCGGCUCAAAUCGAGGCCGUGAAGCAGAUUAGUUUGGGCUCUUGCCCGCCUGAGAACUCCCCUGCUGAAAUUAUUGCUUACAGAUACUGGAAUUAUAAUGCUCUUGGCUAUGAUGACAAGAUCUUGGAUGGUUUCUAUGAUCUCUAUGGCAUAUUGGUUGAGUCUACGUCUUUAGAAAUGCCUUCUCUAACUGAUUUGCAAGGAACACCAGUCUCUGAUAAUAUCAGUUGGGAAGCUGUAUUGGUAAAUAAAACUGAAGAUGCUGACCUUGUCAGAUUUGAGCAGAAAGUGUCAUUAAUGGCUUCAAAAGUGAGGUCAGCAUCUUCAGAUUCUCCUGACAAUGUGUUGGCACAGAAUGUUGCCAUUUUAGUUGCCAACUACAUGGGUGGAAAAGUUUCUGAUCCUGAUAGUAUGUUGAAGUCAUAUCAUAACCUUAGAAACUACCUAAGAGCAAGUGUUGGAAACAUUGUGCUGCCACUUGGCCAUCUGACUAUUGGUCUGGCUCGUCAUCGUGCAUUAAUGUUUAAGGUAUUAGCUGAUAGUCAGGGCAUUCCUUGUCGGUUGGUGAAAGGGAAGCAAUAUACUGGAUCAGAUGAUGGUGCUUUGGUCAUUGUGAAACUUAAUGAUGGAAGGGAAUAUAUUGUUGAUUUGAUGUCAGAACCUGGUACUCUUAUACCAUCAGAUGGUGCAGGACUGGCCACUGAAUCUGAAGCUAGCAUCACAGUUAAGCCUUUCACAGAAGUAGGAAACCAUGCACAUAUGACCACAUCUAAUAGAGAGGUGACAAACUCUGCCAGAUGUACUGAGAAUGAGCCUUUUGACAAAAGCUCUGUGUCUGGCUAUUUUGAAGCUCCAAGUACUGCUGGUGUUAUGUCAUGUCAGUUGAGUCUGCAAGAAAAUCAAAAUUCUAGUUCUCUUUGGAGAUCCUCAAACAACAGUUGCAUGCAAAAGAAUAUGAAUAUUCCUGAUGAAUCCACAACUAUUGGCAAUAAUGUCAUGGUAAAAACUCCAGAAGCAUCUGUUAGACCAAAACACGUAUCUAAAAUUACAAGAUCACCUUCUUGGACAGAAGGCAUUAGUUCUUCAACCGUCCACAGGAUGAAGGUACAGGAUGUUUCUGAAUACAUGAUUAAUGCUGCUAAAGAGAAUCCCAAAUUAGCUCAGAAGCUGCAUGAUGUGUUGUUGGAAAGUGGUGUCGCUGCACCCCCUAACUUGUUCACAGAGAUCUGUACUGUAGAAGCAGAAACUUCGGUGAUUGAAGAAACACAUUUAAUUGAAGACAAAGAUGAAACAAAGAUGCUUAAGAAUGAAUUGAAACAGAAAACCGAAAGUGAUGGCCGUCAUGGUCCCCUUUUGCCUCAUCUCCCUAGCCUUAUGCUCAGGCAGAAAAUGGUUCUUGCUAGGUCGCAGAUGGAUGCGACUAAACCUGUUGAGGGAUUUAGCCUUUGUGGCUCUGUUGAUUCUGGAGAAGCAAUUAACACUCCAUCUCUAUCUGAAGUUUCUGAUGAACAUUUGCCACCAGAGGCUCCAUUGCAGCUUAUAAGACACAUGCCUGUUGCUGCUGCUGCAGCAACAGCUGCUGUUGUUGCAUCUUCAAUGGUUGUUGCUGCAGCAAAAUCAAACACCGACAUGAACUUGGAAGUUCCUGUAGCUGCUGCAGCCACUGCUACUGCUGCGGCAGUUGUAGCCACAACUGCUGCAGUGAGCAGGCAGUAUGAACAAUUAGAACCUUCUGCCCUGAUGCUAUCUGGAUGUUCUGACACAAAUUUGACCCCAAACAAUGAUAGCAUCCCUGGCAAUGAGCAGCAAGGAAAUUGUCCAGGUCAUGAUGAUAUUUAUAUGAAGGAAAUGGCAAGUGAUUCUAAUCAAGAAAUGGAUCGAAGUUCUGAUAAAUCAACUGGAACAGAAAGUACAAAAUCUGAAAAUGCUUUACAUGAUGUUGUGGAUUUUGAAAUAGCAUGGGAAGACAUUAUUCUUGGUGAGCGGAUAGGGCUUGGUUCUUUCGGAGAGGUGUAUCGGGGAGAUUGGCAUGGGACAGAAGUUGCUGUUAAAAGGUUCUUGCAUCAAGAUAUCUCUACUGACGCACUUGAAGAAUUUAUAAGUGAGGUGCGGAUAAUGAAACGGUUGCGACAUCCAAAUGUUGUUCUCUUCAUGGGAGCAGUAACUCAUGUGCCUAAUCUUUCAAUUGUCACAGAAUUUCUCCAUAGAGGUAGUUUGUUCCGUUUGAUUCACCGACCCAAUAAUCAACUAGAUGAAAGGAGGCGUUUGAGGAUGGCUCUUGAUAUUGCUCGUGGAAUGAAUUAUUUGCACAACUGUACUCCUGUCAUAGUCCACCGUGAUCUUAAGUCUCCAAAUCUUCUUGUUGACAAGAACUGGGUUGUGAAGGUCUGUGAUUUUGGUUUAUCUCGUUUGAAGCACAACACAUUCCUUUCUUCGAGGUCAACAGCUGGAACGGCUGAGUGGAUGGCUCCAGAAGUUCUAAGGAAUGAACCUUCAAAUGAGAAGUGUGAUGUUUUUAGCUUUGGGGUCAUAAUGUGGGAGCUCUGUACCUUGCAACAACCUUGGGAAGGGAUGAACCCUAUGCAAGUUGUCGGUGCUGUCGGGUUUCAAGAUCGUCGUCUUGAUAUUCCAGAUGACAUGGAUCCUGUCAUAGCAGGAAUUAUAAAGAAGUGUUGGCAUAUCGACCCAAAGAUAAGGCCCUCAUUUUCUGAGAUCAUGGCUGCCUUGAAACCAUUGCAGAAACCUAUGUCCAGUGCCCAAGGUCUCAGACAGAAGAUACAUGUAGUGGAUAGCUCAGGAAAGGGUAGAUCAUGAUACUCACAGCAGUGUAAAACAGUAUGAAAUUUCGAGGAGCUUCCACGUUUUGUUUGAAUUUGUGAAUUCAGAUCAUAUCAAGGUUGUUGGCCUCAAGGAAAGGUGUUCACAUGUUAGUUGUCUAGCAAUCACUUCUGGUUUGGGAAAAUUCAGUCAGUGGAGAUUGGUUCAGUAUCCUGCUUCAUUUGAUUUCGUCUGAAAUGGUUAGAUUAUCACAAGCACCAAUUGUGUGCUUAACAAAAUAAGAGAGAAACUGAACAGAACCAUGAAGGGACUGUGUGCAUAACGGAGAAGCUAAUUAUUAAGAAAUUAAGGUGCAGGAGUUGGUGAAUGAAAAUUCCCCUAGCUGCUUAAACUUGCUGGUUUGUCAUUGUAAACAGGGAUGAGGACAUUCUUAUUCAGACUUGUUUCUUUUGUUACUCGUUUUGUGUUUGCACGAAGCUCUGCUUGCUCAAAAAGAUUGUGUAUAUAUAUACCUGUAAUGAAUCAUUCUUUAAGCUGUA